UUGUUGUGUCAUUGUGUCAGUCAGCUAUUGCUUGUGAAGCGAAAGCAAAUAGGUAUUUCGAAAAAUUUGUGAAAAAAGUUAAAAAUUAAGCAAUAUAAACAAUUUAAGCUUAACUUUUCGGGCUAAUUUCACAUCAUCACAAUGUUCGCGUCAAAUCCAAAUUACACGAAACUCAAAACUCACCUCAGAUUAGCCAUAAAUCGACUAAAACUAUUGGAGAAGAAGAAAACUGAGUUGGCUUUAAAAGCGCGUCGGGAAAUAGCUGAAUAUAUCGGGGCUGGUAAAAGUGAACGCGCUAAAAUACGAGUAGAACAUAUUAUAAGAGAAGACUACAUGGUAGAAGCUAUGGAAAUAGUGGAGAUGUAUUGUGACUUAAUCCUGGCGAGGUUUGGCCUCGUGACACAGAUGAAGGAAAUGGAUGAGGGUCUUGCAGAGGCCAUUUCAAGCCUCAUCUGGGUAGCUCCGAGAAUGCAUACUGAUGUCCAGGAACUAAAGGUGAUAUCAGACUUGUUCACUCACAAGUAUGGCAAGAUUUACGCAGACGCUUGCAGAAGUGAGAAUGUGAACACAAUAAGUGAAAAGUUAAAGCAUAAGAUGUCGGUACAGAGCCCUCCCAAGAUCCUGGUGGAGAAAUACUUGAUAGAAAUAGCUAAGAAUUACAAUGUGGAGUACACACCUGAUGAGCACGUGAUGAGGGAGGAAGAAGGAAAAGACGCGCUGCUGAUCGACAUCGGCGGCCCCCCGCAGCCGCCCGGGUUCAUCGGCUACCCGCCGCCGCCCGGCAUGCCCAUGCCGCCGCAACAGCACCAGCCGCCGCCGCAGCCCUUCCAGUAUCCCACGCCAUCAGGCGGCCGAGCAGGAGGCUUCAUAGCGUCGGGGGGCGGCGGUCCCCCCAACUUCGGGGGCCCGAGCCAGCCGAUGGGCUACCCCAUGCCCCCAGACGCCAAGGACAUCAGCAACAGCUUCAUGCAGGAAGAAAUGCACAAUCUUCCACCCGCUUACGACAGCAUACACCACAAUCAGCCGGGCCCCACCCCGACUCCGCAGCCGCGCUUCAGAGUGCCCCCCACCGACCCGUUCCCCGAACUACCGGAGUUGCCCUCAGUGCCGUCAGACCUCAUCCUGCCCUCCGUGCCCACGUCCAACAACCACUCUAAUACGAAUGUACAGGAUGCGCCGAAUGCCCCCGAUGAGAUCGACUUUGAAGACCUGAACCGGCGGUUCGAAGAGUUGAAGAAGAAGAAGUAAAUGAAGAUAAAUAAGUUAACCUAUAUUUUUGUUGUUGUAAGUUUUUAUAUAGCAUGAUUUUAUUACAAUGCUUGCAAGAAUUAAGCUGUAUUGAAAUGGCAGAUGGAGUCGUGUUGUCUCGCCCUAUCCGUAAUUCUUUCCUGCUCCAACUUACAUAACGGCUGCCAUUUUCAUAUUGUAUCUGUGCGUAUAUGUUUGUUAUGCAAAGACCAAAAAUACUUAUAUAGUAGGUUGGGUUUAAGUAUUUGGUAUUGUUGGAAUAUCAUGUCGUAUUUCAGGUCACAAAGUAUUAUUUAUGAACAUCUUAUAGCUAGGCUGUGAGGCAUGCCUGCCUUGCUGAUUAACGCUACACUUAUCAUAAAUUAAGAAUUGGUUGAGUCUAUGUAUUCAAUUAAUUUGAUUUUAUAAAACAUUGCAUGAACGUGGUAUUUACAAUGACUACCGAGGCCUAAAAUUGUCACUAAGAACCUGUAAAGUGCUCCAAUCUUGUUGGUAUAAAUUGAAUUUCAUUUUAAGUGAGAGUAUUUAAGGUUAAAGAUGGGUUUAUCUAAAGUCUUAUUGCAGAUCUAGAACUGGAGUCUUUAUAAAUUAGUUACAUUUAUUUUAUAAGGUGAACACAAUGUACUAUUGUAAUCUUUGUUAUCUGACUAUUGUAAAUUAUGUAUACUGUAUAAAUUCUAUAAUUAGUUUAACAUAAAAACACAAUGUAAUUAUUUUAAAUAUAUUUUUUUAUUGCAA